AUGGGUCGGGGAGCAGCUUGGCCACCGAACUCCUUCUCGGAGUGGAUGGUUGGGCAGAACUUCAAGAGCACUCCGAGACGUUCCUCGGGCCAGACCCAAAUCCUCAAAGUCUCCCUUUCCGAAGACGAGACUUCUGGCGAUGAGACUCUCCAAAUAACUUACCCAGGACGCCGUCGCGCGGGUAGCGCCACCAUUCAAGCUACUCCCAAGUCCUCAUCUCGGAAGAAGGUCAGCUUUGAUAGCGAUCGCAAGCCGCUCAAGUCAGCUCUCAAGAAGCGGGCGGUAAGCCCGAGCGACUCUUCAGACACGCUGAUUGAAGACACCUCUGAAGACGCAACGACGACCGAAAAGGACGAGUCGUCGGCGAUUGAUGAGAGCGAUACUUCCGAAGAUGAGGUUUGGGUCAAGAAGAAGAAGAAGCUCAAGGCAGAAAACAAGCCGAAGGCAGCACCUGUAUGCAAGAAAGAGACUGAUUCCGAGGAUUCUUCGGCCGUUAAGGACGCCCUGCCCCACGAGACAUGUGACUGCAAAGACUGUGUAAAGGGACGGAAGAUCCUUAAGGCGAUGAUCAAGCUGGAUGCCAAAAAAGCGGCGGAUGGAGAUUCUAAGAAGGUGAACAACGAAAAGCAGAAGGGAAAGCAGAAAGGCUCGAAGAAGAAAGACGACGCCACAUCCACAGAGGUGAGCGAAACGACCGAGACUGAAGCUACAGAAGAGGACAAAGAUAAGCCAUCGAAACAGAAGAAGAAGAAGGAGGAACCCAAAGAGAACGAGAAGAAACCGGCUUCCAAGGAGAACAAGAAAUCCUCACCCAAGACAGAAGAGCAAAAACAAACCGUCGACAAAAACGCCUUUAAACUGCCCACGUACCCAAAAUUCAUGGAGCCGAAUCUCAUCAUGCCCAUCAAGUCCAAGGUUGUCCAAUGCGAGCAUGCCAUUGAAGGACCCAACGAUCCACGCCCGAAUGCCUUCAUUGACAGUGGAAAGGGUAUCGUGCGGGUCUACCAUGGACCUGUUUGGGGCAACCACACAGGCGAACUCUAUGGGGCUGCCAAUCCUUCCAAAUUGUCCCCACUGCCACCAUCUGCGGUACCUUACCAUGGGUACCCUCCCAACUGGGCCGGACCGCAUCAUUAUGGCCAUUCUGCUCCCUAUCCCCCCUAUCCCCCGGGGGGGCCUUCGCCUCGCUUCCAUCCAGCUGGGCCUCCACCAGGCACACCCAUUGGCCAGAAUACAGCCGCAGGUGGUCUGGGACUUACUGGAAUACCUUGGCCAGGAACACCGCCAACGCUUCGGGAGGAGAGAGCCCGCGAGAAGGCAAAGGCACGAUCGGAAGCUACCAACAACGUAGGACCCUCCCAAGGAAGCGUUCCGCAGAACAAGGCUCAAAACGGCAACACUGAAGCCUGGGACUCGGGCGGUGGAAAACAAGGCUGGGGAAAUGAUGGAAAUGUCAAUGGAAGCGGCAACGCGUGGGCCCAGGCAGCUGGGGGAGACAAUAACACCCAAGAGCACGACUUCAGUUUUCUCCGCAAGGACAAGCCUCAAUGGGAGCGACUGAGCAACAAGAGUGCCAAAGGCAGCCAGAAUAACGGUUGGGCGGGUGGUGGAGGAGAAAACAGUUGGAAUCAGCAGAAUGGAAACCAAGCUGGUGACAACGCUUGGGGCCAACAAACAGGUAACAGUGGCUGGAACGAGACCGGCAACAAUGGCUGGAACAAUACCGGUGUCCUCAAGGAUGGGAUACGAACAACGGCCAAGGUUGGAACCAACAAGGGUCAAACCGCAACAGUCCUCAAGGAGGAAAUGCGAGCAAUGGCCAAAACUGGAACCAACAAGGUCCAAACCGUAGCAGCCCUCAGGGAUGGAAUGCGAACAACGGCCAAAGUUGGAGUCAGCAAGGCCCAAAUCACAACAGCUCUCAGGCAGGAGAUACUUGGGGUGGACCUCCAGGAUCCAAGCCGCAAUCUCACCACUCGCGGCACCCUAGCAACGCUGGUGGUGGAUGGGAUUACUCUGGCUGGGCUAUGGGCCAUGACAAUCAUAACAAUAACAGCAACGGUUUACCAGGUCACAUGCCUGGCUCCUGGGACAACAAUGGAGGCACUCAAUCCCGGAAGCAUAGCGGGUCUCAUCAGCCUUCUCAAGGCUGGAACCAGCACGGCAAUGUCAACUCUCCCCGUAGCGGUGAUAACGGCGGCCAUGGAUGGAAUGGGCCCUCUGCACCUCAAGGACCACAGUUCUCAGGCCAGGGUGGCGGUCAAGGUUGGGGAGCAGGAAGUUUCAAAGGCGGCAGUCCGGCGGCCAAUUGGAACGCUGGAGGGGGAGGUGCAGGAGGAGGAUGGGACGAGAACCCAUCCAACAACGCUGGACCGACCACCACUUCGUGGGAGGCCAAUAUCGCUGGAGACACCAAAGGCGCGGCAACGAAUUGGUAGUGGCAGUACUGGGGUCGACCUCGGUAUCCCCACUGUCAUAGAUGUGGUCACUGGAGAUAAGCAAGGCCAUCACAUGGACAUGAGAAGCGUCGGCGCUGUGGUGGCUGUGUGGUUUUACUGUUUCUUUCCCUGCUUCUUGUCCUUCAGCGCUUGGUUUCUUCAUCUACACAGGAGUGGAUGCGCCAUUCGAAUUCCCCUGGCAUGGGAGUGGAUCAUAACGGUGCGAAUGGCUCAGGAUGGCAGGAAUGCGCCGUAG